AUGGAGGCGAAUCCCACGGCAGCUGUGAGGCUUGAGCAAGGCGCAAUCUUCGCCAUAAUAGUCUUCGGCUUAACUUCCCUGGUAUUAGGUUUUUGUGCGCUCUAUUUGCGGCCUUCACAACUGUGGCGUAUGAGAAGGUCAUCGCCAAUCGAGACUGAAAAGAAAAGGAUUAGUUCAAAACCGUCACUGUCGAUAUCUAUAAACGAUGUAAGUGCAUAUGUGGAGAAGCACUAUAUCAUGCAGCUUAUAUUCAAGAAGGGGACCUAUGAAGUAAUUGGGGCGAACCUAGUGCCACUUAUCUCUUUGGGCAUCAAGUUCGAGCUCUACCUAUUCGUGCAGGUACCUAAUCAAGAGGCUAUCGCAACGGUACUGGAUGCCAUGGAAAAGACCGGAUGUUUUGGAGAACAUCUACUGAAACACCGAGUGCUCUUCUCUACCACAAGCGGCGGGCGUGCAUCCAUGGUCAGGCAGCUUCAACCACUACUGCAUAUGGAAUCUGAUGCAACAGUGGUUAACACUGUACUGGGCAAAGUGGCGAAUGUUAUGCACUUCGCCUUUGAUAGCGACGAAAGUGGUGACGCUGAAGCGGCGAACAAAUCCGAGUGUGGCGAUAUUGUCAAAAUAAAAUCAACGGCCGAAAUCAUGACUCUUCUGCAACCGAUCGCUACAUCAUAA